AUGGCCUCCUCAACCUGGGUCUCUGACGUCGGUCCUGACAGCGACUUCUCUCUCGCCAACAUCCCUUUUGGCAUCGCCACCACAUUGGACAACGAGACUCCUCGCGCCGUGACCGCCAUCGGCAGCCAUGUCCUCGACCUGAAGACACUACUAGACCAAACAGAUGCUGGAAUCAUUUUCCCAUACCUCAAGGACCAUGGCGAUGUCUUCGACUCCCCUACGCUCAACAAGUUCGCCGAACUAGGAAGAGACAUCCACCGGCAGGUACGCGGCACUAUCCAGGACCUGCUGUCCGUGGAUACCAAGCACCCCGAGUUCCUGAAAGACAAUGCAGAGCUGCGUGAAAAGGCCCUCCUACCGAGGACGAAGGUGAAGAUGCACUUGCCAAUGCACAUUGGUGACUACACGGACUUCUACGCGGGGUACCACCAUGCCUUUGGCGUGGGAUCCAUGUGGCGCGGCCCGGCCAACGCCCUGCAGCCGAAUUACACACACCUGCCCGUCGGCUAUCACGGACGAGCCUCCAGCAUCGUCGUCUCGGGGCACCCCGUCAAGCGCCCGGUUGGCCAGAUCAUCAUAGACCCGGCCGCAGAGCCGAAGCAGCCCACGGUCAGGCCGAGCCAGAAGCUGGACAUCGAGCUCGAGCUGGGCUGCUUCAUCGCCAGGGGCAACGAGAUGGGGUCGCCCAUCGAUGUCAACAAGGCCGAUGACCACAUCUUCGGCUAUGUCCUGCUGAACGACUGGAGCGCGAGGGAUAUUCAGAACUGGGAGUAUGUGCCGCUGGGGCCGUUCAACGGCAAGAAUUUUGCCUCGACGAUAAGCCCCUGGGUCGUCACGCCGGACGCGUUGGAACCCUUCAGGAGCAAGGGCAUCGAGCUCGAGGGUAGGCCAGAGCUUCAGGAAUAUCUCAAGGAGGCGAGACCCGAGAACGUCUUUGACGUCCAGUGCGAGAUCGACCUGACAACCCCUGAGGGUGACACCACCACCAUCUCUCGAGUUUCCACAAAGAACCUCCUGUGGUCCUUCCCUCAGAUGCUGGCCCACCACACCCUUGGCGGGUGUCCCAUGAGGAGUGGUGACCUGCUCGCCUCGGGCACGAUCAGCGGCACGAAGCCAUCUGAGCACGGCAGUCUGCUGGAGAUGAGCGAGGGUGGGAAGAAGGAGGUCCUCCUUGCCGGCAUGGACGCGCGCAAGUUCCUGAAGGACGGGGACCUGGUCACGCUCAGGGCCUCGGCCGGUGAGGAUGGCAAGAGGGUUGGCUUUGGUGAAUGCGCUGGGAGGAUAUUCAGCGCGACGGUUGAGCCGUCCCUGAGAAGCAACACGGCAGGUCCGAGCAAGAAGGUACCAAAAAAGAAGAAGAAAGUAAGAUGGGCCGACGAACGGUCCCAAACGCCGGCAAUUAUCGCGGUCGUCGUCCUCAACGUGCUGUUCCUUGUUUUGGGAGCACUCGGACGGCUGGGCCUAUGGGCAAAGAAUGAAGAGCAAAUCGAGCAAGUCUCGAGGCCAGUCGAGCUUGAAUUUCGAGCCGCGGUGCACAAGCCACUGAGGCGGCACGCCAUUCACGAUCUGCGGCGGGUCAGGAGGGACGUCCCUGGGGGCAACAACAGCGCAAUGCAGACUUUCCAAGUUGACGUACCGCUGUUAGGAAUGAAUGGAAAGGUCAUUGGUGGCGGUACUGCGAAUGGAUUCAGUGACAUACCGACGAUCCUGCCCGGUCUCGGUGAAGAGGACUGCCAGGUCACGAUUGCUGCCAACACCUUCUCCAACUCGUUUGGAAGUCCAUUCGUUGGCAACUAUACACCGCCUGCGUGUCUAGCUGACAGUAAUACGGCUAUCAUGAACUUGACGGUGCAGUCGCAAGGGAGGCAGUUUGAUCGCCUGGCUAUCGUGUACUUCGGAGACACAGAAGUCUUCCGGACCUCUACUGAGGAGCCAAAUCGGAGGGGUAUAUCUUACACAUAUGUGAAGGACAUGUCGCAGUACAUGGCUUUGUGGAAGCAGCCACAAAAGGUCAUCUUCGAUCUUCCGAACAGCCUCACUGAUAUAUUGACUGGAGUAUACAACACCACCUUGACGGCCAGCUUCUUCAGCGCACCCCACGGUGUGACUCCGGCGGACACAGUCAUCCCCAUUUCCUCCCGCCAGGCGAACAACGACUCGCAGCCGAGCGUAUUCUCAAUCCCAGACCAAAUUGCCUCCAACGUUAUCACUGACUUCCCUCGAAACGCCGUCAAGGCCAUCUUCUCUGUCUCGGCAACAGGACAGGGCAACGAGGAAUUUUGGUGGAGCAAUGUUCUGGAGUCCAACGCACUGACAUACAACGCCUCAGGUGGCCAGCUGCCAGGUAACUCACCAUUUCGAGAAGUUCAGGUCCUUCUUGAUGGGCAACUAGCAGGCGUUCAGUGGCCGUUCCCCGUGAUCUUCACCGGCGGUGUUUCGCCAGCUUUCUGGCAACCCACCGUUGGUAUCGACGCCUUUGAUCUUAAGGAGGGCGAGAUCGAUAUCUCGCCGUGGCUUCCAGUACUCUGUGAUGGCCAGCCGCACAAUUUGACCGUCAACGUUGUUGGUCUCAGCGACGACGGGAAGACCGCUACAUUGUCUCCAAAUGUCACCUCAAACUGGCAAGUCACGGGCAAAAUGUUUGUAUGGCUGGACCCCAAAGCGGACUCUAUCACGACAGGAUCGCCACCUACGGUCAACGGUUUGGAUCCAACAAUUGCAAUCAGCCAGUCCGUCACACAGAACGCGACGGGCUUCAACGACACGCUCAAGUAUACCACGUCCGUGUCCCGCAGCUUCAGCGUCUCGGGCUCAAUCACAACAUCGACGGGCAACACCACAGUAUCAUGGACCCAAACACUCGCCCACACCGACGACGCCGUCCUCAGCAACGGCGGACAGAACCAGGUCAACACCCUCCAGAACGGCACGACCCGCCUCGACGCAACGCUCCAGCGCACCAAGAGCGUGGACCGCACCGGCCUCGGCGGCGCCGUCUCCCCCAGCGGCCUGCAGCUCUUCUCCGUGCUGCCUGGCACGGCCGACCGGGUGCAGGGCCUGGCCGGGACGGCCUUCACCACGACGCAGAACGGCACCGCGACGGUGCUCACCGCGCCGGAGGGGCAGAACGGGAGCACGCAGUCCGGCACGCAGGCGCAGACGAUGCGGUUCGGCGGCGUGGGCGGCGGCGGCGGCGAGCCCGACGUGGAGCUGUACUUCCGGGACGUGAGCGUCAAGAGCGACGGCACGGUGCUUGGUGACACGGAGCGGCUGGCUGACAGCAGCAGCGCUGUGGUCAACAAAAGGUCGUCUGACUUCGACGUUGAACUCUGCCACGCAUUCUUCAGCGCGGUCAGUCAUUCGGAUCUCAUCUGCAAGCCCUGCAAGCAGGGCCUCAUCCAACGAUACCUUCACUCGAAAGCACGGAAUGACUUAGUCUUCAAAGUCUACAGACGGAUCAAUGAGCUCGACCGCCCCCUCUUGGUGCGCCUGAUGCAUGAUUUGGGCGGACCGGAGGACUUUCAACGCGCAAUCCAGGACCUCAACAACGCACCCCACCGUUCACACUCGCUCGAGGCUACAGGCCCAAAGCAAUGGGACUGUGUUGACAAUGAGGCGUGGGGCAACCUACACAUCUGGCUUCGGAUCCUGGCCAAGGAAGAAAGUGUGAUACCGCACCCGCUCACCAAAAAGUACUUCACAACCUCGGCCUGGCGUUCUCGUGUCUGGGCUGCGGCGGCAGGACGCUACACCCUCGAUGACCUCAGGAAUGAGCGCUCUAUCCGACGCUUUCUGAAUGAUCACGAGGCGCGUCUCCUGGAAUCCUCCCUCUGGGCAGGCGAGGCGAAAAUACCGAAGCUGGCCAAGUAUGAGAUAACCCCUGCUGCCUGCGAAUGCUUUCCGCUCGGCGAUGGGACCGUGACAUUCCAGGACAACAUUCAGAAGCUAAGUGUAUAUCCUGAGGUCCUGAGGGACCCGGCGUACAUCCGCAUUCGCCGUGAGGCAAUUGUAGCCCGGCUGGUCGAGGGCUGCUUUGACCCGGAGAUUGUCGAGGGUGUCUUCCUACGGUGCGCUCCUCCCGCAGUCCCGGAAACCGCGGACCCGUUUCGGGCAUUCGUAGAAUACUGGGACUCGGCUCCCGUCAGGCAGGCGAUUAGAAGCUUGCUGGGGCUGGCCAUGGACACUUUGCCAGGUGCGCCAGCGGCAAAACAAGUGACGAAACCCGAGAAGAAGCCGGUGAGCAAGCCUUUUAGCAUGAGAAGAAACACUACGUUCAAACACCCCAGUGUUGACAUUGGGUUCCGGGCGUACCAUCCAUUGACCUCUCGGCCUCGAAAGCAAGGCCCGAUCGACUAUGAGGGUGAGGCAAGGACCUUUCUGUCCCGGCACAACGUGGAAACGGAAGACUGGCUGGAUACCGAGGCAUGA